CAAGAAUGUCAAGCAUUUGCAAUUAUGAAUUUUAUUCUAAUUUUUUUCUUCUCAAAUUUCUUAAUUUGGGAUUUAGUUGUGUGAUUGAAGAAUAUAGUUAGAUGCUAUCUUAUCUCAUCAUUUGAACUUCUUUGAACUGUUGUUCUCUAUCCUUGCUUGUGGUGACUUGUUUAAUCUCAUGAACUGAGCAACACAGUAAAUUCUUUUGUGAUGCUAACCUUGUUUGAGCCUAAUUUGAACAUUCAUUCCCUUUAUGUAAUUUAUUCUCUUCUUUAGCUGCUUUUUUUUUUUUUUUCUCCACUUUGUGAUUAAAUGUUAGUUGCUCUUUGUGGUGCAGUUGUCUUUAAUCCCCUCUUUUCUGCACUUUCUGUUUAAUGCAAACUGGAAAUAACUGUUGUAUUGUCCUGAAUUACAGAACUGAUAACCUGAUCUUCAUGAAUUUAAGGAGUUUUGUUGCAUCCACUGUUUCCUGUAAACCGGGAAGCAAUUACAAUUUCUUUUUCUGGAUUUUGGUUUGCUUGUUACUAAGUUUUCUGGGAGCUCCUGAAGUAUAUGCUCACUUCAAACUAAUAAGGCCCAUUGUUGGGUUUCCAUCUUCCUCCAUUUAUGGUCUUCAAUCUUUUGGCUAGAGACUCUUAUGCUACUGAAGAUUCUUAAUCAUUUUUCUGAUUUUUAUCAAAGAACCAUGGUUUCCUCUCAAUUCUCUACCUUAAAUGGAGAUAGUUCACAGAAGCCUUUCCUGAACCAGUUGCUUCUUCCAAAUGGACCACCUGAUCUUUUGCCUUCUGAUUUUGUGGAUUUUGAGUUUUCUGAUGUGUUUGGUCUAUCUCCUGUUGAAGCCUCAAUGGCAGUGAGUUCCCAGAAACUUGGAAAUUUGGUUGUUUCACCAGGUUCAAGUGAAAUGAUUUAUAAUGACCCUGCUAUCAUUCACAUCCGCUCCCAUUCGUUACUGGCCCCCUCAACCUCUAUUAGUCAGUCCUUGGAGCUUAGCAAGCUUACCUUAUAUGAGACGGGUGAUGCAUUAGAUAUUGUGAAGGAGGUCUUUAGAGAAACACAGAAAGAACUUAAGGAACAUUCUGUUAACAAUGCUUCUGAAGAGCAAAGUAGUUUACAAUUCAAUAAUUAUGGUCUGAAUUAUCAGACUAUUGGAGUUGAGGAUUUUGAAGUUUUGAAGGUUGUUGGGCAAGGUGCUUUUGGUAAGGUGUACCAGGUGAAGAGGGCAGGUACUUCAGAAAUAUAUGCAAUGAAGGUCAUGUGCAAGGAUAAGAUUAUGCAGGGAAGUCAUGCUGAAUAUGUAAAAUCCGAAAGGGAUAUAUUGACAAAGGUUGAUCACCCAUUUGUUGUACGGCUCAGAUACUCAUUCCAAACCCAAUGUAGGCUGUACCUUGUGCUUGAUUUUGUUAAUGGUGGUCACCUUUUUUUUCAUCUAUAUCACCAAGGCCUAUUCAGGGAAGAUUUGGCACGCUUCUAUGCUGCAGAGAUUAUUUGUGCUGUUUCUUAUCUUCAUGCAAAUGGGAUAAUGCACAGGGAUCUUAAACCUGAAAAUAUUCUUCUCGACUCAGAUGGUCAUGUAGUGUUAACAGAUUUUGGUCUGGCUAAGAAAUUCAAUGAGACUGCAAGGUCAAACUCUAUGUGUGGAACUUUAGAGUACAUGGCCCCAGAAAUUGUUAUGGGGAAAGGUCAUGAUAAGGCAGCCGAUUGGUGGAGUGUGGGAAUUUUACUAUUCGAAAUGCUUGUGGGGAAGCUUCCUUUUACUGGUGGAAAUAGACAAAAGAUCCAGCAGAAGAUAAUUAAAGACAAAAUGAAACUCCCAGCUUUUUUGUCAAGUGAGGCACAUUCACUGUUAAAAGGGCUAUUGCAGAAAGAUGCCAGCAAACGCCUUGGGAGUGGACCAAGUGGCAGUGAGGAGAUUAAAAGCCACAAGUGGUUUAAGUCAGUCCAUUGGAAGAAACUGGAAGCCCGUGAAGUUAGGCCAAGCUUUGUCCCAGAAGUUGCUGGGAAGCACUGUGUUGCUAACUUUGAGGAGCGGUGGACUACCAUGCCCUUGCUGGAUUCUCCAUCUGCUAGUCCCAAAAAACAUGACAAUUCCUUGCGAUAAAAGUCCAAUUAGAGCAGCCAAGUCAUGUAAUGGCUGAGAAAAUUGUAUCCUGCCAUAUUGCUCCUUGUAUAAAGCUAUGCUUUCUGGUAACUAUACAAGAAAGCAAUACUAAUAUUCUGUUUGAUGUGGAGAUUUGUGUGUAGCAAUAUUCUAAAGUUUCCACUUUCUUUUAUUGCCAACCUGUACACCCUCUGGUGGGUAUUCUUUGUUUUACAAUACGAGCUUGAUCUCAAUGACAUUCUU